CAGAAGAACUUUACUGAAGCACAAAGUUACUGCAGAGAGAAUUACACAGACCUGGCCACUGUAGACAGCAUGGAGGAAGCUGAGAUCCUGAAGAAAACGGCAGAAACAGCAGGAGUUUCCUCUUUCGCCUGGAUCGGACUGUACGAUGGUGAUGUCAUGAGCUGGAGGUGGUCACUGACAGACACAAGCUUCUACAGACCAGGAGAGGAGGAGUUCAGACGGUGGAAUCGUGGACAACCAGACAAUGGAGGAGGUGUUGAACACUGCACAGUGAUGCGGUCUGUUGGACUAUGGAACGAUAUCAAAUGCACAGCCACCUUCCGGGCGGUGUGCUGUGAUGUGAGAGGUGAGAAUAUUGAUGAGUGAAGGUAAAACAGACCAGUUGAGCUUGUUGACCUCUCCCCUUCUCUGCUGCUCUUUGCCUCUCUGUCUCCAGUUACAUGAAGCUCAUUUAAAGCAGAUGAGUCCUGCCUUCAUUUCUCUGUUUCUAUAAAGAGCUCCAUCAUUAACAGCUUUAUCCCACGUCACUGUCUCAGUCAACAGGGCUGCAAGAGAAGGAGUUGAUAUGCACACAGCUCCACGGUGACUUCAGCUUCAUGCUCACAUUCAUUAAGAAACAUCAGACUGCUGAGAAAAA